AUGCAGUCAGGAGGACCAGAUUCCGAAGAACGGACAUACUUUGACUCUGGUGAUUUCGCUCUUUCUGCCGCUGAUCGCGAGACUGACAACGGCGCUAUUCAAACGGGCAGAGCCCAUCCUCAUCGGGAAAACAUUUCGCAUCCUUAUGCCUCUAUUCCAGCCUCUAGUAACGUUGACGAGGAUGCCAACCAGGAUACGUAUAGGAAAAGUGCGAGUAUUGAGAAGAGUCCUCUCCUUCACCAAACAGACAUUAAAGAUGAACUUACAAACAAGGAGGGACAGAAUGACCAUGACUCUCACGCAUGUUAA